UCCCCCUCUCCAACCAAGAAGAGACUGUGGCUGUACGCAAUUCAGGGCAGGGACUCCCUCUUACUAUUGCACAUGUACAACACCUAGGACAGUGGGGACCCUGAGCUCAGCAAUACAAACAACAGAAGCAUAAAUGCCCACUGGAGUAUCUUCUCCAGGAGCCUUAGGGAAGUGUUCCCAAGACAAGAAAGGGAAGCACUGUACAGAACAUGGAUUAAAAACCCGAUAGGCAGAGGAUCAGCCUGAAAGACAGAAUUGGUAGCUGGAAAAGCCCUUUAAGGUCCUACCUUGACCAUCUCCCUAUCAAGAAAGACGAUGAGUGAAUCUAGUGCAAAAUCCAGCCAGCCCUUGGCUUCCAAACAGGAGGAGGACGUGUCUGAGAAGAGAGGACGGGGACGACCCAGGAAGAAGCCUCAGCAGGAACCCAGCGAGGCACCAACCCCCAAGAGACCACGUGGCAGACCAAAGGGGAGCAAAAAUAAGGCCACUUCUAAAGGCAGGAAAGCUGCAGUAACACCUGGGAGGAAACCUCGAGGCCGGCCCAAAAAAUCGCAGAAGGACGAAGAGGAGGUGAACGUUUCGCAGGAGUCAUCCGAAGAGGAGCAGUGAAAACGCUUGAACCUGGCACUACCUCAUCAUUCAACUUACCCAUUUCUCGUCAAGUUCUUGGACUGAGGAAGGAACGAAACAAAACAAAAAUCCUUGGUGGGGUUUUUUUUUUCUCCUCCGCCCCCCUGCACAACUUUCUCACACUCAAACAGCAGCAGCACCGGAGUACAGAUCAAACCGACGGAGCGGCCGUCACGCUCGCUGACGGACGCUGUUAACUCGAAGGGGGAGAACGGGCUCUGUUGUUUCUCUUUCUUAGUGGACAGGGUUAAAAUUUAGCCUACUGGUUUAUGUAGUUUCUUUUGUUCCUAGUGAAAUUCACUGAGGGAAGGCUCCUGUAGAACAGUUGCUUUAUUGUUUUGUGAUUUUUUUUUUCCAACACACUUCUUGGUAGGGAAAGGAGGGGAGGGGGCUGCUUAUGGCUGUCUAUAUUUUAGUUUUCUUUUUUAAACUACAGUAGUUGGGGACAGAUCUGUCAAAGCCCCCCCGCCCACACACACACACACACCCAUUUUCCCUGCUGCACCCCUCAUCUCCACUUUGCACAGAAGCUGCCGCCAGCAUGCAAUUGAGAGGAGCCUCUUCCUGCAGCCCUGAGAGGGGAGCCAAGGUCCAGGAGGGGGGUUAGUCUGAGAGAGCUGGCUGAGCACCACUCCCCCCGAUCAUCUCAAACUCCCUCGUCACUCACAGCCGCAGAACUGCCUGACGCUUCCUCCCAUUUCCCUCAGCUCUGAUGUUCUGGCCCACCCUCCUCAGCUGCUGGCCCUGCGGGGAAGAUUUGAAGGUGGAGGCCUCGAGGCUGCCCUUCCUGCUCUUAGAUCCCCUAAUUGACAGAGCUUGAAGGGAGCUCCCUCUCCUGUUCUGAUCCAGCUCCGGCCGAGCUCCCCAAAGCCCUGUGCUGGCCUAGGGGAACCAUCACCCUUGUCGUUUUCCCCUUUGGGCCCAGCAGCAGAGCUGAACUAUGCAUUAAAAUCACUUUGGGGGUAGCCCAACGGUACCGCUUCCAUGGCUGGCUGCACGAGGGACUCUGAGCCGCAGCUACGUGUUAACGGUUUGUUUCAGUUCAGCCAAGGCAUGUUCUGUUGGGACUGACGUGUGAUCACACCCAGCACGCAGAGUCCCGCUGUGAGAAUAUGCCACGAGAUAGGGCUCUAGAGCAAUGGCCAGGGAUUCAGGAGAUGUGAGUUCUAUUCCUGACUCUGCCGC